AUGAAAAGCGACAAGAAAGGCACAUACAACGACACGCUUUCGUGGAUUUCAGAUUAUUUUACAUUAGACACGAAGUUGCACGACUUGUACGCUUCAUGGAAAGUCAGUGGCAAGAAGUACAGCACCACCAUUUCCAAGUUCGACUCACAUACAGGAAUACGUACGUUGCGACAAGAUCCGUGGGAGUGUUUGAUCUCAUUUAUUUGCUCAUCAAACAACAACGUCAAAAGGAUAUCCAAAAUGUGUGAUAAUUUGUGCGAGCAUUUCGGAGACUUGGUGAAUGAAUAUGAAGGUUAUAAACACUAUAGUUUCCCCACACCAGAGCAACUUUCUGCUUCGAACACCGAGAGUAAACUUAGAGAGUUGGGCUUUGGGUAUCGAGCGAAAUACAUUUACCAAACGGCGAAAAAGUUUACUAGUCCCGAGUAUCCUGAUAUCACGAUUGAAAAGUUGAUGUCUAUGAGGGACAUGGAUUAUGAGCAGGCACAUGAAUUUUUGCUACAACUUUCAGGUGUUGGUCCUAAAGUUGCUGAUUGUAUCUGUUUGAUGUCACUCGACAAGCAUGAUGUUGUACCAAUUGAUACUCAUGUAUAUCAAAUUGCCGUGAGAGAUUUUAAAUACAAAGGGAAAAGAGAUCUCAAAACAUUAAACAAAGAGAUGCAUCGGAAUAUAAGAAAGUUUUUCCGUGACAUCUUUGGCGAUUACGCAGGAUGGGCACAAUCUGUUUUAUUUGCUGCCGACUUGAAUGACUUCAACAACGGUACAAAUGUAGUUAGUGUGGAACUUUCUCAAUCAAAAGGUUUGAAAAGAGAAGUUGACGAUGAUACUGACGCAGUAAAAAAUUCUGUUGUGACUGGAACCACUACAACUACUACAACCACUACCACCACCUCCACUACCGCAAACUCAAGAGCCGUGAAGAAAAGGCGUACAACGUCUGUCAAAAUAGAAGCGUGA